AUGCUGGGUAAGCAAGAAGACUGUCACCAUGGUAACCCUGCUGGUUGCUAUUUUGAUCUACAUUGGUUUUAGUUUGGUGGAUAUGGGCAGAUAUACAGGAAACAGGUUCUGGACGUCUGUUACUCCUUGCUUUAAGUCCAAACAACAUACCGUUCGCUUAAUAGAACUCGCCCACAAGACACAUUUGGUUUUAGACAGUAUGGGAGUUGACCAUUGGCUGAUGUACGGAUCCCUGUGGGGUCCCCUGAGAGGCAUACCAGGUCCCCUCCCAUGGGAUGAUGACGUUGAUAUUGGCAUGGACGGGAAUGGCGAUUUUAAAAAGAUACCCCUGGAAGAAUUCAAAGCGAAAUUUGAGGCUGUCGGUUUGGUACUGAUAGAUAAACUUCAAGAGAGUGGAUAUUUAGCAGUCAAAGGAUACGGCGAAAGUAUAGGAUUAUUUCUUUAUUAUAACUAUCGAGGCACUAUGAUGCGAUCUGGUUAUGAGUCGUGGCUAUUUUACAUUCACUACAGAUUCCGCCAUAGUUUUCCCGCCAAACUUUUACAGCACCCGCUGCCCAAGGUCAAAUUUGGCUCCUUUAACAUUUCUGUUCCAAGAGGGGGUAUAGAGAUAAUGAAGCAUUUAUACCCCACUAAUUGGUGGAAGGUGGUCAAGCCAAAGAGCUGUAAAGAUUAGUGAUAAAAUCAGAUCCAAUAUUGCACUAAAAUCUCCGAGCCAGCCUAGGCACUGGUUUCAUUCGAGGCGUUCCCAGGCCUCCCUACUUUACGCGGUCAAUUAAUCUCGAGUUACGUGGUCUCAGUGAAAUUUCUACACAUCACCGAAAUGUACAACCUUGAGGACCUGGGAAUAUGCGCGCGAGAAGGGUAUUAGGCAUGCACUCUUAUAGAAGUGCAAAAUUUUCAAAAAUCUGAAUUUGUAUAUCUUAACUUAUUUUCCGUGACGUAGUGCUCACAUUCGCUUUACAAUCUAAAAGUUGAUAUUGUUAUACUUUAUGCUUACUGUCACCUAUUAUCCCGUCCUUGGGGUGCGAUAUAAGCUGCGUUCCGUGAAGUGGCGCGCAAUUCGCCACUUUCUACAAAGAGAAACGCGAAGGAAACUGGAGCCGGAAUGUGUCCCGCAAAUGUUCCUGGGAUUGCUAAAGGGGACGCGCCUGCGUACCGGUAGCUAUGCGGGAAUUUCAUUUUCUCCCUAUCUCUAGUAACAGUCCCAAGGUCUUUACGAAAGAUACCAGUUCCCUCCGCGUUUAUAAUUUAUUUAUUUAUCUUAAUUUAUUUUAUUAGCUUCGCCUAUUACACAAUAAAAAAAUAAAUUAAUUAAAAAGAAUGAUAAAUACUGCAUAUACUGAAACAAAGAAUAAUAAAUGCUUAAUUAGGUAAGGAUGCCACAACAGCGGUAAGCGAAUUACAGUGGUCCCAGAGCUUAAAAAAGUAUGUAAAAAGCACUGAAGCUGCAUAUGACUAUUAAAAACAACAACGAACACGGACAGACACGUUACGUAGAACGUUACAUGACGGACAGACGUUUUUCCAGGAUCGUGGGUUCUUUGGGUCGUAGAAGUUCUAAGGCAUCUACAUAGUACUGAUACAUAAUGGAUUUGAAUUGACUGAUCUGAAGGUUGUAUGACAGUUGAAGUUCAUUUGCUAAGGUGUUCCAGAUUCUGGUGGUUCUAUUAAAAAAGAUCUCUGAAAGGUGACAGUAUUACAUUUCCUUGAAAUAAAGUGAGAAAAAUUACGAUUGCUGUUAGAUCUGGUAGUGCGAGUAACUAAGACUUGCGGAAGAACAACAGAAGGACUAACUCUAACUGUGCCGGUUACAACUUUGAAAAAGAAAAUCAUGUCUAAAAAUCCGUGCCAAUAGGAGAUGGGUGAUAAGCCGCCUGUUCCUUUUUGUCUGGUCGCAAAUGAAUGGUACGUAGAUCCAGGAUAUACUUUGUAGCGCGCCUCUGGACACGCUCGGGCUUUUGAAUCAGAUUUAUUGACUGCGGAGUCCAGAAUCGUGACAUAGCCAAGAUUUGAUCUUACUAGGAUGAGGUGUGCCGAUCGUCUAACAGUAAUGCUUUUGACGAGUCUGGUGUCUCUCCGUGUAUAUCCCAGGAGCAUGCUGGCCAUAGCGCAUUGUUCAUUGACUUGCUUGUUCCACGUGAGGUUAUCCGUGAUGUAAACAACAAGAUCCUUCUCGGCAGAGAGAACUUCAAGCUGAGAGCCAUCCAUAUGAUAGACAAAGAUGACGGGUUUAAGUUUCCUGGUGAUACGCUGCGCUUUGCAUUUGCUGAAGUUAAAGUUUAGGCUAGCAGAAUCUGACCACGUGAGUAAGUCAAACAAGUCCUCUUGAAGUUGUUCUGCACCGCGCGUUGAUGUAAUUUCUUUAAAAAUCUUUGCGUCAUCGGCGAAAACAGCAAUCUGGCUUGAUCUAACAGCAUCUGGCAAAGAGUUCACAUACAGACGGAAUAACAUGGGGCCAGGGAUCGAUCCGUGUGGGACCCAUGAAGUCACAGGUAAGGGGCUUGAUGUUGUUCCCAAUGUAGUCACUCGCUGGGAUCGAUUGUGCAGGUACGAUUCUAACCAUGUUCGCAGGGGUUUCCCCCAAAACCAUACUGAUAGUCUACUGAUGUAGCUUCCUUAGGAGCUUUGCGUGAUUUACUUUGUCAAAAUUUUAAGCUUUUGACCUGUCCAGAUAGAUUAUAUCUACUUGUCCUCCUCUAUCCACGUUUGUGCCAAUUUGGUCUAGAACUUCAACAAGCUGAGUUGCAACCUCGUUCCCAGGGUUCUCUCCUGGGAACGAGGUUGGCUGGGUUGCACAUGACCGUUCAGCAAUGAAGCCACGCUAACAUGCGCUGAUAAGAUUGAAAACAUGGUCCCUAAUAGCAUUGAAUAUGCACCUCUCCAUGAUUUAAGAAACAAUUAAAAAAAGCUAGAUCGGUCUGUAGUUUUCCGCUUGUUCUUUGUUAUCCUUUUUGAAAACAGGAACGAUGUUUAAAAAUUGGCGAAUAGCUCAGUGAUUGACGCCGAUUUUAAAACAAUUUCACCGUAUGGCUUGUCUGCUAUCAAAUUACGUAUGUAUUAUACUACCGGCGGAGAAUCAAGAGUCGCGUUCGCAAUCAAAUUCUAUCUUGCUCCAAGAGUCGGCGUUACCCUUGUCCAGGGGAACGGGUAAAGGGGACUCUGGGCGCGAGAUUGCUUUGCCUAGUUUCUAGUUUUUUUCAUUUUGCGCGGAAACUAUGCCUUUCAGGUCACGUGGUACGAGCGAGAUUUUUGUGCAAAUCUUUUCAUCAAAAUGCAUUGACCGAAAAGGCUUGGGAAGACACAGUAGAAGGAAAACGCAAGGGAUUGCUCAGAACGUUGCGAUCUUGUGAAUACAGGGUUCGAUUCAGUUUACUUGCUCUUAAUUAGAUUCCCCUUACAAUCAACUAAAAGGGAGGAGCCUUAAUUGACAUAUCAGAUAAAAGUACCUCAAAAGAAAGCCACUUCUCUCGUCUCUAAUUUGAGCAUUUUUUAUAUGCAUUUGUUGUUUCACAUAGUUCAAGAGUUUUUUAAAACAUGUUUUACCUUUUCCUGAUUGAAGUUCUUCUUCUUCUGCUUUGAGUGGCCAUUUCUGUUUUUAUCUUCUGGAUCCGGUCUGCCUUCCCCUUUCUUUCAGUUGAAAUUCGGGAUCAAUUUAGGUUUCUGGGAAACUGCCUACCUACCCCUCCCCUAACUCAACGUUAACAUUUGCGUCUCACUAGGGGCAAAAUGUUGGGUUAGGGGAGGGGUAGGUGGGCAGUUUCCCAGAAAUUUUAUUUGAUCCAAAAUUCUUUUCAAAAACCAGUGCUGGUAAAACGCCACCACCAAGAUACCGCUCAGUGAACAAAUGAUUCCAGUCAGAGGACCGACCCAGCUGAAGGGCCCGCUGAUAUCACCAAACCUAAAGCAAAGAAGACAUCGAUCAACAAAUUCACAAAAGAUUUCAGAGAUAUCCUUGCUCACAAGGGAGAAGCGUCGCCGUUUUCCUGUAGCCUCACCCUUAAGGGGAUACUCCUGGGAAAUCUUAGUGGGUGUGCCGCCCGGACCUUCAAAUCCUGACCCUACUUCAGACCAAAAAAUGCCAUUUUUCAGACCCGUUCUCAGACCUGGCCUCUAAAAUCCAUACCAGUUUUCAGACCUCACUUACAAACUCGUGAGGUUGACUUGUGACAAGUCUUCUUAGAUUAGAACGCCAACAAAAAAAUCUUAAAAUCUAAUUCAAAUUCGCAUAUUUCUCUUUCUUUUUUAUUCAUUUGGAAUUGAAACGACAAAUACGUUCAUACACUUCAGUAGUUUCCUCGAAAACCAUACCCGAUUCUAGACUAAAAUGGGCACAAUCUAUAUCUGUUUUCAGACCAAAACGGCGCAAAAACCCUACCCUUUGGGGGUGGCACAUAACUAUACAUGCUUAUAUAAGGGGGUAUCCCCCCCCGGGGGCCCAACCUUCUUCCAAAUCCCACUUGAACUCAUACGCAGCAACCGGUGACGCAGCGAGAAAGGCUAGGGAGUCUCAUUUAAUACACAAAGGAAACACAUUGUCUCCUCUAGGAAUAAAUAGACGUAACAAAGCUCGUUGAUAUGCGAUACUACGGUAACCUAGUCUCCUACACCAAUAACAAUCUAUUGUUUUUAUUUUCAUAUUUUCAAACUCUUAUUUGUGACGAACUUUUAUUUUUAUCUUCGUUUUUCUUUUAGCCCUUGAAGAAGGUUUGUUUUCAAACCGAAAUAUUGAGAAGUUGUUUUAUUGUACUGUUUGUGGGUACCAUUUCCGUCACCAUUUAAAGGUUUGUCGCUGUGAACUUGCCUAUUUUAGUCAUAAUAGACUCAUGCCUUAAUUAACUUGGUUUGGGGUAAGUUUGACCCCAUUUAAAAAACCUUAAAAAUGUCCCAAGAGUGGGGAGUUUGACAUUUUAAAACCUGAAAAUGUCACUUGUUUUGCAACAUUGCUGUAAAACGAGUUGAAUAGCGAUGAUGCGCCUUUUACCACCCACAUCAAACCUGUCUCUCAACAAAUUAGGUUGUUAACAGGUUUGAAGGUGAGUGGUAAAACGCGCAACAUCGCUAUUCAACUCGUUUUGUAGCAAUGUUGCAAAACAAGUUGAACUUUUUUUUCGGUGCCCGUUUUUCUGUACCUUAAGGUAAAUGAAAAUAUCCACUAGCAACUUUUAUAAAUCACAUUCAUGAUCUUAUAUUCGACGAUAAAAAUCUGAGAGAAUUUGAAGAAAAACGCCGGAAAAUAAUAAUUCUAAAAUGCAAGUAAUGGUUAUAUAAAGGUCUUUUCCGGGAAACAUAGGGUUUGGAAACUAGUAACAGAAGAGGGCGCAAGGAGAUGUGGCAAGUGUUCAGUGAUUGGAUAAGCAACUGACACGUGAUUUUAAUUUGCUCCCACACAGUUUGUUACUUCCGCUUUCAUUUUUCUUCUUCGCCGCCGGUUGCAUUGGGAGCCUUAUAAGAUCAAACGCAGAGAAGGAAAGCUAUAGAAGAGCUUCGUUUUCAACUAACCAAAAUGUCACACAAGGUAAGACUUUUAAAACAAUAUGAUGAAAUCUGUAAAAUCACACGUAGACUAGUUUCGAUUUCAACACUGACUUUCAUACAUAGUGAGACGAGUGUUGCGGUUGUUGGCAGCGUAGGCCAGAGUUUAAUUGAGAAUUUUACGAUGUUCCCGUAUUUAAUAACACCGAUUUUACUAGCCAAGUUUAAAACCUGUAGGCGGGAGAGAUGAAUCCCGAUUUAUGUAUUAUUGUGAGCAAUUUCAUGAAAGCCAUUCCACAAAAUGGAGACUUUGAAUAAAUGGUCAUCCGAAUAACGGACAUGAAUAAAUAUAGUCUGUUUAAAGGUCGUUCAUCCGACACGUCAAGACCCAUGAUAAGAAACAGGUGGGCAUAUCCCGACAAAUCGGAGGGUAUAAAAUCUUUGUCAGCAAAUAACAAUCGCAAAAAUCAAAUCAGGUCCCUGCGAAAAACUGUUUAACUUAUCCAUACGCCCUAAUUAAAGAAAAUGUGUACCGCGACGUGACGGACUUUUUGUUUUCCUCUUUUCAAUACCUGAUAAGGGGAAUUGAACCGGAACGUAUACUCACAAAACUUAGAACCGGUCCCUACUUUUUAACAUAAUAUAGAUGAUAAUACGGACUUUUGUUUUAUUUAUAGGGUUGAACCCCAGACAAAACUUAGAACCCAUCACUUUUCAUAAUAUAGAUGAUAUUUUAUUUGAGCUCUCGUAGUAAAAACUUACUGUUUGAAAUUUCCACUUUUUGCUGGUCAGAUAACGCUUUAUCAUUACACCGAUGCAACUGGCGCUGCUGGUAUCGAAAAGAGCAAAGUGAUAAAGGGAUCUACCUACGAAACACCCAAACAGAAUCGACGACAUGGCCUUGGUAAAUCGUUAGUUUGUUGACUUAUAUACCGUUAGGUCAUGGUUGUAAUCUCUGAUUUUAAAUGCUAAAAACUGAAACUAGUAUUUUCUCCUACAGAUAUUCUGAAUUUCCAACCAGUAUAAACUGUGCUUUCAAAAUGUCAAUAAUUAUCGGGUGAAAUGGUUGCUAGUUUUGCUACACGUGACCCUUCGCCUUGUCUGUUUCACAGCUUGACCAGUUUUGUUUUUUUUUGUUUUCUUUUUUUUCAGGAGUCUAUUUUACUUCUAUUGACCCAAGCAAUGACCCAAAGAAAAUACUCCUCAACAACUACGAUGACGCAGGUCGAGUUGUAAACAGCAAAAGAUUAUGGGCCAAAAUCGGUUGGGUAAUCGAGAUCAACAUGAACGAGAAUGAAGUGGAAAAAGUACCUGGUGUUUCUAAUCGCGACGUGUACUUGUACGAGGGUGAUGUCCACCUUAAUAAUUAUCAGUGUAGUAUCUACAAAAACCCAAACACUUAGUAAACAUAAGGAUUGAGCCACUACCUUUUUUGUUUUAAAGAAACCGUGUGAAACUUGGCCACGGGUGUAAACUACCUUAAUAAACUUUUUUUCUUCUAAAUUAGGAAUUUCAUGUCAGCCUCGCACGUGACUUGUUGUGCUAUCACUUUUGUGUUAUUCAUUUGAGGUAAUUCCACAUUAACAAUGUCUUAACUGAUGAUUUUAUGCAAUUUUGUACUUUAUCGUAGUUGUUUCCUGAUAUGAAGCACCUUCUUGGAAAAAGAAAUACCAUAAAACAUCAGCUUCAUUAAAAUUAAGAAGCUUAGAAAAAUCCCAUCGGUAACUGCGCCUUUUCUUGUGUCCUCUCCCCAGUCCCCUCCUAGCAGAACAAAGAAGACCCGGUCCUUUAUUUGCAGAGGGACGGGUUGUUCAACGUAAAACAGUACGUUGAUCGUACAAGUGUCUUAAUGGGUUUCUCUCAGUACGAGUUCAAUCAAUAAAGUGGAGGGUGCUAUAACCCAGACAAACGAUACGUGAUACCAAGAAACUGGGAAACUUUGGCGUUUUUGGACAUCUUGGUUCUUCACAGUAAUUUUGAUAAGGGUUAUAGGUGUUAACAAGCGUAAGAAGACUUGCAGUUGUCUUGCAUACAUCGCUAUUAAGCCGAUAGAGCGAGACGUAAAGGUCACAGUCGAGAAUUUUUCUAAGCCACCAUGUAGUGAGGUUACGGUAUUGUUCCUCACGUCUACUAGCUUGUAGCUGGCUAUACAGCCUUCAGGACCCUUCAGCGCUUGAAGUCAAUUUCGAAAUAUUGGUCAGUCCCAAACCAAUCAGAAAACGGUGGCCAUCUUGGUAUCCCAAACAGUCCUCUUUUCUCUUGUUUACGCUUUCUUUUGCUGUAAUAAAUUUUUCUAGCUACUGGCCACGUAAGUAAAAACGCUCUAUUAAGGUUCAAGUCGGUUGACACAAAAUAUUUUGCGCCCCCCAAUCGGCAACUAAAGAAACAAGCACGCAGUUUUCCAACAAGCUCCAUCAUACUUUAUUGUUAAGAAAUACAUAAACUGAAAUGGAACCAAAAAUACAAUAUUACACCAUAGCCGGACACGUAAACCCCGAAAACCAAUUUAAUUUGGAAAAAUAGGGACCGUGUAGCCCCGACCAGUGCUAUGGUGACGCCUUUGGGGAUUUAAGGCAUGCUACUGUAUAUAAACGCAAGAAAAAAAUUAAUCUAAGGUAAAUAAAUGAAUAUUUUAGCUAGGCUGAACGUUAAAAGAAAACGAACAGAAGAAAAUUUUUCUCGGAGUAAAUAGUAGGCGAGGCUGACUCUAGAAUAGCGCGAUUUGAAAAUCUGUCGCCGUUUUAAAGUGUUAACCCUUUCAGUGCCAAGUGUGGCCAAAGGCAAAAUUCAACAAAAAUCCUCGAAUUUUGUUUGUAAAAUUUUGAAAACAAAUAGCACCAUUUGAAAGUACAGGCAGAGAGCUUUCAUUUGAAUGGUCACAUCAUAGGAUUUCGUCCACAGACUCAUAAGUUAAGACUACCUUAAGGGACUCCAACAUUGACUCUGGCAAUGAAAGGGUUAAAGAAAUGAUAUCAAAGCGCUUUCGCUCGCAGUAUAGUUAUUUAAUUAUUUAUUGGAUCAAUGUAAAGGGUGAAAGCUUUUAUUCGCUGUGUAUCACUUAGUAGAUAGACGCUAUUAAGUUUUUCUUUUUGCAGACAAAUUCAGAUCAGGCAAAACAUUUUCCUCGGAGCCUCUGAAAAUCUUCAUGCAUUAUAAGGUUAUUGCAGUUUAUGUUACAUGUCAAGCUAUAAAAUCAGCGUUUGUAGCAUUAAUUAAGAAGAAUUCAGAGGUUCCAAGUAACGCUCUAAUUUUAGCCGAAUUGAUAAAUUUAACAUUACCCGACCUACACGCAAAAACGACGGUCUUCUAUUAUUUGUAAAAUAGCUUUGUUCCUUUACAUAAAUAUGGCUCUCACUUUUCUAUAUAUUCCAAGUCAUUUAUCA